CGUUCUGCAUUGAAUUUAUCCCAUGGAACGCAAAAAGUGCGCUUUUCAAAUAAUUGUCAACUACAACAAAAAAAAAAAAAAAAAAAAGUAAUCUACCAACAAAUCUUGCGAGAGGAAACUGAUUAUGUAAGCAAAAUAGUGAUUGGGAUCCCGCAAAAGUUUGAAAUCUACAACAGAAGAAUUUUUUUAAGAAAUGCAUACAUAUAUGAACAAAGUGAAAAGAAUUAUCUUACAAAAUUCAUCUUCAUUCCGCUUUCACUGACUGCUAAAAACAUGUGACAACAGAUUCUGCAGUUUAAGUUGAUUGAGGGAUAAUACAGAUGCCAUGCCGAUGUCCAAAGCAUAACCAUCGUGUUUCGAAACUGCGUUCGAAUAAUAAUGAAUAUUGGGAAAGAUUGAAUCCGCGGAUAUCAUCACUACUUGAACCGUGGCUUUAUUCGGGUUGUGACUUCAAGAUCUUACAUUACGCAAUUACGCCUCAACUCUUUCUUAGAAAGUGACCGGAUUCUGCUGUUAUUGAAUUUGGCUCGGAGUUAUAGCGCAAUACCAUUAGACUUUCCAUGGAAUCUUUAUACUGCAGCUUCCGAGAGUCCAUAACACAGUUCUGUAUCCAAGCAUUGCGUUAUCGUGCAUUUACUCUGUUUCAUAGAAAAAAAAACAAAAACCAUAAAUGAUUAUUUUUCAAAUAGAUGACCUGUGCCCUGUAUUUGAAGUCGUGAAAAUUUUGCGAACCUAGCGAUUCUUAUCGGUAAAAUUCGUGAACGUGCAUGAAAAAAUGUGUCACACAGGUAUAAGUCGCACUUAAGUUGCGGAAGGGGUCAAACGGUACCGCAAAACGGGACGGUGCAGCCCGUUCGGGUUUAAAAUCGAAGUAAUUGCUGUCCUCGCACUUAGUCAUCAAACUGCUGCGGCACGAAGAGCUCUUUAAAAUUCUAACGAAUCGAAAUGCGAGUGCAUUAUACAGUUUUUCUCGCCGCUAUUCUGCCCUUGGCCCAGGACGCUUUGGCAGCUAAGGGUCCGAUCCAGGAUGCGAUUAACAGCGGCGCGGCGGCGGAAUACGACAAAAACGAUUGUACCUGGAGAAGAGGCAACGAAAGGGAUCUCUGUCCAGACCCAGAUGUCCACGUUUUCCUUUAUACUCCUGGACAGCCUAAAAGGAAACUCGAAAUUGACCAGUCAGAUUGGCUGCGUAAUGGCCCUUACGAACCGAGAAACGAAAACGUGUUUGUUAUCCAUGGUUACGCAGGGGGAGAUGAUACCCUGCCCAUCGCGGUCCUGAGGGAUGCUUACCUACGAAAUGGGAGCUACAAUGUCUUCAUGGUUGAUUGGAGCGUCCUUUCAUCGGCGCCCUGCUACCCCGCUGCAGUGGCGAACCUUCGACCGGUGGCAAAGUGCCUCGCGGGAAUGUUGACCACCCUUAGGAAUCUGGGGCUUGAAAUCCACAGAACGACGUGUGUUGGGCAUUCAUUGGGUGCUCAUAUUUGUGGAGUUAUGGCUAAUUACCUGUUCUUCCGACUUCAUCGUAUCGUUGGACUUGAUCCCGCGCGUCCUUUGGUCAGACCAGGGUUCGUCAAUAGACUGGACAGUGGGGAUGCUGACUUUGUGGAAGUGAUACAUACCAACGCUGGAUACUAUGGGGAAAUGGGACGAGUUGGCCACGUUGAUUUUUGCGUUAACGGAGGGAAACUUCAACCCUUCUGUGAGAACAGAAGCAACGAACAACUCUGCAGUCACGUUUGGGUCGUUUGUUACAUGGCCCAUAGCGUCGAUGGUGACACAAAUCUGAUGGCGGAACCUUGUUCAAGGAGGUGUCCAGCCGGGCCCAGGAUAACUCAGAGGAGCGGGAAUAGUUUGGUGAUGGGACAUCACACGCCAGGGACUGUGAGAGGGUCAUUUUGCUUGUCGAGUGUUAAUCCUCCUUACUGUCCUAGACAUGGACAGGGAAGAGGAGAUGAGAGAUGUUGCGUUUGAACGUUAGAAGAAUGAGGAGAUUAAAGGCUUAGAAGGUCUUCUGAGACUGCACAUUAUUCAUUUACCAUUGUAAGUAGUGUGUAAUUUAAGAGAAAUCGUCUGACUCAACUUAUUUAAGAGGAAAUAACGUUUGCUGUUGCGAAAUGAGAAGACAGCGUGGAUAUUUUUAUUCGUAUGAAAAAGUGUUAUUCGUUCUGUACGCGGAGCGAUCGAUUUGAUAUUUAUUUAACGAACCCCAGGGGUCCGUUAUAUUCCGGACUUGAAAGUCUGCAUAAGGUGAGGCUGUUUGUUAUUCGAAGUGCAUCAAGGAAAAACUCUGCAUACGCAAUAACGAGUGAAUACCGCUAUACGCUCCACAGAGUGACCCUUGCGCGUGUUACAAUUAUUAUUUGUUUUAUCAUUAUUUUUCGUUAUAGCUCUUGUCUCUGGGUCAACAGAUGCAAAUUCGCUAAGUCGAGCUUUUCUUUGAUUUGCCGAUGUAAUAUCCAGAAGUAAUCGAUCUUUACAGACUUUCACUCAAUGAUGUCACUUAACGUUAUUUAUUUCGCAACUGCGAAACCUUAUCCCACACGACACAGUCUUAUAUUUCAGUAGCGAACGUUAUUUAAAAUUAGCUGGCCGUCCAUCACCGUACAGUUCUAUUUGCGGGACUAGAAAAUUUCAGGUAGAUACGUAUUCAUUCAUGCAUAUUAUUAUCUAUGUAUAUAUAUAUUUAUAUUUUCAUUAAUUUGUAUCGACAUUUGUUAUAAUCAUGUAAUAAUUGAUUGGAAUAAAUGAAACCGAUUAUGA